AAUUCUGAGCUGGGGCACUUUACCAUGAGGCUGCAAAUGAAACAGAUGUGCUUGCUGUGAAUUUCUGUAGUAUCUGGACGCUUUGUACCAAAGGCGAUAACACCUUCCUUCCUUGGUUAUUUUUUUUCUUUUUUUUUUUUUUGCACGCAUUUCCCACAAAAGGAAUGAAAUGGAGAAGUUGAAGAAAUAUGUAUCAGUGAAAGAUGAAGAUCAGUUUUAUCAUGAGGGAGCUGUGGAGCUGCUAGUCUUUAACUUUCUGCUCAUUCUUACAAUAUUAACAAUUUGGUUGUUUAAAAACCAUCGAUUCCGCUUUCUGCAUGAAACUGGAGGAGCGAUGCUUUAUGGUCUUGUAAUGGGAUUAAUUAUACAAUAUGCAACAAAAGCAUCAGAUGUUGAAAGUGGAACUGUUUAUGAAUGUGAAAAGCUGACAUCUGGGCAAUCCACUCUACUUAUUAAUAUAACUAACCAGGUCUAUGAAUAUCAAUACAAAAGAGAAAUCAGCCACCACAAUGUCAAUGGUCACCAGGGCAAUGCGAUGCUUCAAAAGAUGACAUUUGAUCCUUCCAUCUUCUUCAAUAUUUUGCUGCCACCCAUUAUAUUUCAUGCUGGAUAUAGUUUAAAGAAGAGACAUUUUUUUCGUAACUUGGGAUCAAUUUUAACCUACGCCUUUUUGGGAACUGCCAUCUCCUGCAUCAUCAUAGGGUUGAUAAUGUAUGGUUUUGUGAAGGCCAUGGUACACAUUGGCCAGUUAAAAGGAUGGGAAUUCCACUUCACUGACUGUUUAUUUUUUGGAUCGCUGAUGUCUGCCACAGACCCAGUGACAGUUCUUGCUAUUUUCCAUGAGCUGCAUGUGGAUACAGAUUUGUACACACUUCUGUUUGGAGAGAGUGUCUUUAAUGAUGCCGUGGCUAUCGUGCUGACGUACUCCAUAUCCAUUUACAGUCCUAAGGAGAAUCCUAACGCAUUUGAUGCUGCUGCUUUCUUCCAGUCAGUGGGAAAUUUCCUGGGAAUCUUUGCUGGAUCAUUUGCCAUGGGAUCUUCUUAUGCUAUUGUCACAGCUUUAUUGACAAAAUUUACAAAGCUGUGUGAGUUUCCUAUGUUGGAAACGGGUCUGGUUUUCCUCCUGUCUUGGAGUGCCUUCUUAUCAGCAGAAGCUGCUGGUCUUACAGGUAUUGUUGCAGUCCUUUUCUGUGGAGUCACACAGGCCCAUUAUACCUACAACAAUCUGUCAUCAGAUUCCAAAAUGAGAACUAAACAGUUGUUCGAGUUCAUGAAUUUUUUGGCCGAGAAUGUCAUCUUCUGUUACAUGGGACUUGCACUAUUCACAUUUCAAAAUCAUGUCUUCAAUCCUCUUUUUAUAUUUGGUGCAUUUGUGGCAGUUUUUGUAGCAAGAGCUUGCAACAUAUACCCACUUACUUUCCUUUUGAAUUUGGGUCGAAAACAAAAGAUUCCCAGGAACUUUCAGCACAUGAUGAUGUUUUCAGGUUUACGUGGUGCAAUAGCAUUUGCAUUGGCUAUUCGAGACACAGAAUCCCAACCCAAACAAAUGAUGUUUACAACAGCACUGCUUAUCGUGGUUUUCACAGUCUGGGUAUUUGGUGGGGGCACAACACCAAUGCUCACAUGGCUUCAGAUCAGGGUUGGCGUAGAUCCAGAUGAAGAUCUGAAAGCAGAAGCUGCAAGUCAGACUGCAUCUAACUUGGAUAAAAAUACAACCAAAGCUGAGAGUGCAUGGCUGUUCAGAAUAUGGUAUGGCUUUGACCAUAAAUACCUAAAACCUAUCUUAACCCAUGCUGGUCCACCUCUCACGACGACAUUACCUGAAUGGUGUAAUCCUGUUGCCAGGCUUCUGACCAGCCCCAGUGCAUAUGGCGAUCAACUGAAGGAUGAUGACACAGAUUAUAUCAUAAAUAAUGAUGAAUUGACUGAAAACUAUGAAUCGUCUGCUCACAUACCAGUGCGGGACAGAACAGGUUCCACACAGGCUACAGGCAAGGAAGAUAUUAAUGAAGGAGACCUAGGAUUAGGAGGGUACAAACUCCGGCUUGAACACACUGCAUAUCAACCCCAGAUGAAUUCAUUAGCAUGAAUAGCGUAAUGUUAACCACAGGAAAUAAGACUAAAACAAAAACCUAAGAGAUACUGUUAUAUGAACAUGAAGCUAGAAAAUGUACUAAGCACAAAACUCAAAGAAAACUUAGAUUUUACCAACUAAAUGCCUGCUCCCCCCAGGUAAGAGUUUAUCAUCAUCCAUGUACCUACAACAAGAUACAGGCUUUCUGACUGCAGCAGCUUUUAAUAAGAAGAUGUAGGCACUACCAGCCCCCUAAAUUCUUUACAGUCUUGUCUCAGUGCUUGACUGUAUCAUGCCCGUCACAUGUACCCAGGCCUUUGAAUAUUACUUAUAAUCUUUACUCAGCUGGAACAAAGAUCUUCCUAACAUCUCCAUGAUUACAUGAUGCCAGGACUUUUACAGCUGUUACAUUUAUAAGGAAAAAGCAGAAGAUUCUUUGUCCAAUGAGUAUGUGGUCUAAAAAUAUUUAAAACAUGCAUUGCAGCACCUCAGUCUUGACAGAUUGAGCUCAUUCAAGCUCACAGCAUAGACUUUUCCUGACAGCCCAACAUUUGCUUUCUAAAUGCACCUUAUAGCCUAGUCUAUCUAGGAUUGCAUCAGGCUGCCACAAAGCGAACAUUAAUAGUAGAAGACAUUGAAGUCUAUGUAAUUGGCAACAGACACCCUUUUAUUGCUGCACAGGAUGGGUGUGAGCACUGUUUAAACAGCAGUUAUCCCACAAGGCAUUUGGCAUUACCACUUCGCAGCACACAAAGCUUACAUGCUGGGAAAAGUUUUGUUGUUUUUUUAAGAUCACUCCAAACAUAUACUUUGAUUUAAGCAGUCAACUGUUUCAGGUUUUAUUGUUCAAGGAGAGUGAGUUGUUUCUCAUCAAAUAUUUCUGCUAAACAGCUAUACCCGAGACUGUCUGCUCCGAGGAUGUUUGUCUAUCUCUCUAUCCAUGCAGGGCACUCAGUAUCACACUAGUACAAGUACAGUGCUGGUUAGAUAUAGAAAAACAAGGAUAGUUUGGGUGUGAAUGUAUUAACUGUGUCUGCAUAGACAACUGGUCAACCAUUACAUACUGCUAGCUGCCAUACUCUAUUAUUAACCAUUAGCACAGAUCAGCUUUUGCACAGAUCAGUUAAGCAGUGUAAGUACAGGGACAAAGCCACGCUUCUGUUACUAGAAUAUGUGCCUUUUUUUACUGCAGAAGUUUCAACUAGCUGUGCAUGAUAAUGUUCCUACUAAGAAACUUAAAACAUGAAGAGUUUUUAUAUAAGGUCAUUUUCAAUAUAUAAAGACAAUGAGCAAGCAAGAAAUUUGAAAUCUAUAAGAAUAAAAAUCAAGCCAUCUCCAUGAAUGAUCAUAAAGCUGAAUAGGUCUUGAUUUCACCACAGAUGGAAACUGAAAUACAAGCUUAAAUAUAAUCAAGUUUUAGUCAUUUUUUUCCCAGGCCAAUUAAUUUCUGGUUAAAUAUGACUCUACAACAGCUGGUUUAAGCAUAAAUUUGAAUGCUGGAGUUCUAUAUGCUGUUACAAAAGAUCAGAAGCUUAAACUGGCAUUUUAUUUUCCCUAAACACUAAUCAAGUAACUUCAAAGGAUCUUAAUCCCCAUGUGGUUUAAAACAAAUAAUAUUCAGGCAUGAUCACAAGUUCUGAAAAGGACUAAUGAAUUUCCAACUCCCUAAUUUGCCUUGUUUAGCUACAUGAGGUGGAAAAAUAUGCACAGCAGGUUGCAAGAAGGGAUGGAGAAUGGAUGAGGAGGUAAAGUUUUACUGUGUAGUACUGUGCACCUGACAGCAUGCAGUAAGAGACAGCAAAGGUAACAGGAGGCAGGGGAAGCAGGAACAGACACAUUGCAGUGAGGUGAGUAUGUAGCAACACAGUGAGAAGAUAUUAUCAUGGAUGGGUGCUAACAGUCCAGAUUUCAGUAGCCAUAGUUUCCCAUUUCAAUUUUCAGAAGCAUUGCAUGCAUGUCACCAGGCUUCCUAAGCUCCUUUGGAAGCAGAGAUCCUAGUCCUUAGAUUACAGUGCAAAUCGAUAAACUGCUGCAGUAUUAUGAAGAUGCAAAGAUGUUCUUCACAGCUGCUACAUGAACUGGAAAUGAUGAGCUCUUCACCAACAGUUCUGCUCUUAGAUUCUACUCUGAAAUGCAUCCUGCAGCAUACUCUACGAGUUUUUUACCGAUUUAUUUAUCAUGCCUAUGUCCAAGUUUCUCACACUUGCGCAAUGUGAUAAAUGGAGAGCUCUGGGAUCUGAAAUUCUCUGUUUAUCAAAAGAGAAAAAAAAAAAAAUCUGUAGUGAAUACUCUCCACACUGUUCUACCUGGAUGCCUAAAAGGGCUACUUUACCGAGUAAAGAAAGUCAUCCCUUGCAACAGAACAGUGCAUACUUCACACCUUCACAGGUCAGAUUUUUAUGCUAAGACUAUCAAGAGGCUGAAUCAAUAGUCCCAGCAGGAUGGGUAUUUAGCCUCUGGGACCAUGCUCAGCAAGCAGAGUAUCAUUACCUUUCAGGAAAAUUAGUAACUCGAGUUGCAAGCAAACUUAAAACUUGUACUAAAUGGCACUAAGUCUCAAUUAUCCAUUACAGUAUUUAGCCAUGCCAUUUCCUAAUUUUAAGAUAUUCUUUUCAUGACAUGCAGAUCAAGAGUUAAGACAGCAUUAGAAUAGAUGAUAUAUUUGUAUUCAAGAAGAAAUUACUUGUAACUAGUAAUUCUGCAUGACUGUUUAAACAGAGUAUGGAUGUUAAGAGAGGCCUUUAAUGCUAAUUUACAGUUCAUACGCUGGAGAUUUAAACUACUCAAUAUCACACAGUGUUUGUCUGGAUGUGCAAGUCACCCAUGAUAAAUGUGAAGCUAUUCUUCCUAUCUGAGUUAAUCUAAUAAAACACUGCUUGGAAAAUGAAA